UGGGCAGGUAAAUCAAUUCCGUAAAGGCUAGAAAAGCUGCGCCGGUUAAAAUAGAAACACUCCGUCAAAUUUCACUAAUUCUAAAUAAUUUAUCGGUUACACGUCCAGGCCUGGAUAGGAUGGAAUCUGGGUCUGGACCCGGAGUUAGUGGCCUCGGGUGUAUCAGCUUAAAUCAGAAGAAAAGCAAAAGUGUUUGUCAUUUGGUUGCAAUUAGAUUGUGAGGAUAAAGUGAAUGACAUUGUGGAUGAAGACCCUAACAAGUGUUCCUCCUCACCAGGAAAACGAAGAGUACAAACUGAUUUACAAGGGCUGUCUGGGCCUCUUCAAUGCCUCUGUGCCUCGCAGUGGCUCUGACUUCAUCAAGCUGCCGGAGGGAGCUGAUCUGCCCGACUCUGUUGACUGGAGGGACAAGGGAUAUGUCACCGAGGUCAAGAAUCAGAAGAACUGCGGCUCCUGCUGGGCCUUCAGUGCAACUGGCUCGCUGGAGGGUCAGAUCUUCAAGAAGACAGGGAAGCUGGUGUCUCUCAGCGAGCAGCAGUUGGUUGACUGCUCCAGGGACUAUGGCAACAUGGGCUGUAGUGGAGGCUGGAUGCACGAUGCCUUCAGGUACAUCAAAGAGAACGGAGGACUAGACACAGAGGACUCCUACCCUUAUGAGGCCAAGGAUGGAAAGUGCCGUUACGACCCUGCUAAGAUUGGUGCCAACUGCACAGGCUACGUUAAUGUGAAAAGCAAUGAUGAAGAUGCCCUGAGGAGUGCUGUGGCCACCAUUGGUCCUGUGUCAGUUGCCAUCGAUGCUUCUCAGCCAUCCUUCCAGCUCUAUAAAUCAGGAGUGUAUGAUGAGCCACACUGCCAAAGCUCAGCGUUGAACCACGCUGUGCUGGCUGUAGGUUAUGGCACUGAAAACGGAUUGGACUACUGGCUGGUCAAGAACAGCUGGGGUCUAGAAUGGGGAGACAAAGGAUACAUCAAGAUGUCCAGGAAGAAACAGAAUCAGUGUGGCAUGGGUAGUUACGCCAUUUAUCCCCAGGUCUGAACAAGUAGGAAGAAACUCAAAAGUCCUCCUUCUGUCUGUCCGUUAUGACCAUGGAAAUACUUUUUCAACAAGUUUAACUUUUGUGUGUCUGCACAGCUUUACCUUUACCUACCAUUGAUUGGUUGUUGUUCAUGUUUAUUGGAUGUACAGGUCCAGGUCUUUUCUCAGAGAGAAAGGUCCUUAGAAGUUGGUAGCUGUGGUGUACUUUUAAUAGGUGCAUAGAAUAGGUGUGACCUGUUUUGAUUAUACUGAUUAACUUCACUCAUCAAGGUUAAGUUAUUGCCCUAACAUUGUUUCCAUGUGUACCAACUGUGAUUAGUAUAAAUUUGCAAUACCCACACCAAAUGUAUGUAAAAUAAUCCUACAAUGAAAUUCUUCUUGCUUUCCACAGUAAUUUGUAAUGCGUACAGGUUUUGCAUGUAAUCCAACUAAACAGCAGUACUUAACUCAUUAUUCUUACAUCUUUAUUGAACCUUGGGCGGUGGAAGGUUGCUUCACUCAUCUGUAAUCCAUAAAGUCUGCUACAAAUAAAUUCACAAUGCUUGAAAUGA